AUCCUCUGUCUAGUCCUGCUUUUCAGUCCUAUUCCCUGUAGCAGGAAUUUAAAUCAACCACAUGAACAAGAAGAUUUUUAUGAGAAGGGUUUUAGAUUACAGAACUCAAGGUGAGCACUAAAAGGGCUGAACAUCCAGGCGUUUGCUGCAACUGCUCUGCAUAUUUCACAAAGUGUAUUCUCCAAAGUGUAUUUCUCCAAAACUCACAUCAUCAUCAGGGGUUAUGUUGUUCCAGGAUGUAGGUGAGGGACCCCUAGAGAAAAAUAUCCCAUUAAGUUAUGCAAAGUUCAGAGACGUGAAAUCUAAGCAACCAGUCAAGGAGGCUUUUGGAAAAGGUACUUCAAGAACUGAAAAGGAGAGAGAAAACAUUUGGGAUGUAUUCAAACAGCCUAAGUUCUACCUCAGCCUCUGUGCCUCAUCAACAGCGAAAGUUUGACACCUCCAAAGAAUAAGAUACUAAUUGGGCAGCUGCAGAAACACAGCCAGUAGGAAACACGACGCACCAAGGACGUGCAUGGAAAUUAGGCCAGAUGAGUUUAGCUCAAAAGACAUAAAAACUGGAGGCUGUUCAGAGAAAAAAAUGAUGCUCUAAAAUAGCCUUAAAACUAGCGCAAGCGGAAGAGGAUAUUUUCUGCUGUGUCUUAUACCAGUGCAGAUCAGGAAUGGUCCCAGCAGCAGAAUUGCAUCAAUUGAACUAAUACCUCACUGGACCCAGCUUGCUGCCUUUGUUGAUUAAAGGAUAACUUUAACAAUGGUCUACCUGUUCUUUGUAAGUGAGAUCAUUACAAUUAUGCCUUUUCCCCUAGGACCCAUAGCAAAGACUACAAAAAGAGACUGGAUUCAGAGAAACAAAAAACUAACCUUCAACAGUUUGCCAGCCUAAAAUUAAACACGACAGAGCUCCCUGCAGCAUGUCUGUGCUGUCCAACAAUCAUUCAGCCUUAUCGCAAGAAACCCACAGUGUUGAAGCAAUUACUGGUAAGAGCUUUAGGGAGUAAAAAUGUUGCUUGUGAACCAGCGAUAGGAGGAUGAAAAAGCAUGGGUGUGGAUCAGAACUGGAGAUGUGGGGAACAAGAGGCAAGGGACUUGAGUUGCUUAUCUCCAAAUUGCUUUGUCUUUGCUUUCCCAUCAGUGUGCGUGUAAGGAAGACUGUGUUUUACACAGCUUUCACAUAAGCCAGGGACGAACAUCUCCUUUUUGGGGUCAGAACACAAAUAUUUUCCAGUUUAUGGAAGCUUUUUGUUAAUUCCUACAGGCACAAAAGGCUCAGUGGUUAAGAUCCAGAAAGCCCCUAGGCCCAUCACUGCUGUAAAACCUACUGCACCAGUUACUGGCAGGUCCCAACUGAUUGAUUUAUUUAUGGUUUUCCUUGGGCCAGGGUCAAAGAUGCCAUCUCUACAUACAGAGUCAACAUCUGAAAGUCUCUCUCCCAAACCUGGAAUGGAAACCCAGCUUGUGCUGUCAGAAAGCCCAGAAGAGGAUGAAGAAAACCCAAUGAAAAAUCCAUUUACAAUUCCUCCAGAUAUUGAUAUUUUUUCAAUAAGGGACAAGGAAAGAAAAAAGGCUAAGGCGGAACGUGAAAGGAUGAAGACCAUGAAUAUCCAUGAGAAAAUGACUUACUCCACUAAAAUGAAAGCAAAGCAAAAAGGGUUCAGGAAAGCUCUGCAAAAGGAGGAAGAAGAGGAGGCCAGAAAACAGGCAACAAAUGAAGAGAGACUGAAAACUCUUCAGGAGAGUCUUUCAUGGAAGAUAGCCAUUAAAAAAGAUUACCCAUUAGAAAAGGAGACCUUCCGUGACUACAUAAAUGACAGAAGAGAGAUAUUUUUACUUGAGUAUGCCAUGGCAGUAAAGCGAGACGAGAUUCAAAGGAUGGAGAACGUAGCAAAGAAUGAGGAAAGAAAACUGGAAAAGGCUGAAUACUACCUGGAGAAGGAUGCUGCCAUGUUUGAUGAGUUCCUGAAGGAGAACCAUAAAAACUCUGUUCAAGCCCUGAAAAUUGCCGAAAAAGAAACUGCAGCAAAGACAAAGAAAAUAACAGAGAUCCAGGCGAUCACUUCCCAAAUAGAGGACCUCCAAAGCGAUAUAACCAGAUUCAAGAAUACUCUGCAGGAGUACAAGAUGUACAGGGACUUCCUCUACCAACUAUCUCCAAAAGAGUGGCAGGAAGAACAUGGAAAAAAGCACACAAAGGAAAAGGAUUUGAAAAGAGCAUCCAAAGCUAAUGCAGAAAGUGCCUUGCCUCCCACCACUGCAGAGCAGGGCCAGGGUCUGACAGCCAGGACAAACGCCGCCAGUCCCUAUGGUACCAGUCAUAUAGAUGUGCCAAGUUCCCUGCUGUCUUCAAAAAGUUUGGAUUUCAGGUCAUUACAUGGGAUCAGGCCACAGCUCAAAAACUUUCUGAAGCCUCUAUCAACAAGAAAACUAAGUUCAUUGGAGGAUGCAGAAAGCGAAACCUGCUCGGAUGAAGAUGAGGAGCCUGAAUUGUAUUUUACUGAUCCUCAACAACUGCUGUCUAUUUUCAUGGAGAUGGAGGAAGAGAACUUGUCCUUCAUCCAGAAUUCCCAGGAGAUCGAGGAAAGUUUGGACAAGGUCCAACAUACUUUCAUCACUACACAUGAAAGCACGGAGAAGGAGUUAGCAGAGCUGAAACAGCAGGUAGACACCCUCAAAUCCUCCAUCGCCAAGGAAGAAGAGAGAGUAGCAGAUCUGAAACUCAAAGUUCACCUCUUUUCCUCUGGAGAAUGCAAAGCUGAUGACCAGGACAAAAUGCUCACAAGCCUGAACAAGAAGGUGCUGGAAGUCUAUUGCGACUGCACUGGAGAAAAUGAGGCAAACCUGCAGACAGUGCAGAUGCUAAUGGUGAUAGAAAAACAGCUCAAUGAUUUACUGGACAACCUGGAAAAAAUCCCACCAGCAAAGAUAGAACAGGCUGAGAAAGCCAAAAAAAAGGAACGGAGGAUAAGGCUCAGAGAGGAAAAGCUGAGACAGCAGAAGCAGCAGCAGGAGGAAAGGUUGCAAAGGGCCCUGGAAAGAUCGCAGGCACCUGUAAAAAAAAGCAGCAGGAGGCUGAUGUUUCGUUCCAGCCCACCUGCCAGGAAGGAGAAGAAAAAGCACAGCCAAGAACAGAUGGAUAAGGAGAAGGAAGAACAACUCUAUUAUUUCACUUGACAGCACAGUCUUAACCACAGCAUGCAGGGCUGAUGCUGCUCCAGAAAGUUUUUCAUAGAUCUACAUUCUGUUAGUCUUUGCCCAGUUGAUGAACUUCACGGUCCCAUGAAACUCUCUUCUUCUCCUACCCUAAGAUCUUCUCCUACCUGAAGAUCCCAGGGAAAGUUGCUGUGGCAGGCAACCCCUUCCCCCCCCCUAUUGAUCUUUUGCCUAAGAAAAUAAAUUAAAAUCUCUCAUUUUGCUUUUCUCAUUCAGUUUUUGAUGCAAAUAGCGUUAUUGCUACAAACCUGACUAGUGAGAUCUAUUGCAGACCUGGGUAACAAUCUUUGCCAAGGCACAACUAAGCCAAGCACCUGCCAGACAUUUGUUAUGAUCACAAAUCUGUUGAAGGACUAUAGAAAUGAAGGCUGUGCUUUAAUCCAAAGGAUGGGUUUCAUUAUAGACUCCACCCCACUACUGUGGAGAAGACACAGGCAAAGGAAAAACACAAGCUCUGCAGAAA